GUUAAUCCAGGAAGAAGCUUAUUUGACAAUGAAGUCAAGUCCACUUUGUGGGUCUCCUCUUCUGCAAAAGUGAAGACAAGUGAAUGGAAAGUGACAACAUGGAUGCGGGAAACCAAAAAACGAUACAUGUGGAGGUCCAUGUUAAAUCCCAAAGCCCAGCUAAACUGUCUGAGGUGAGGAUGCAUGUCCAGGCUCUGCUAAGUCGCCACAGCAUUGUGUUCGGGAACUACAAGUGGACGGAGUUUGAUGACGGUUUCCUAUGCACUCAUGUGGAAUCUGUGACUAUGGUUGACUGGGAGGAAAUGCCAACACAGCCCCUUGAUUUGAACAGCUGCGCAGUUUCCGUUCACAUCUUCACCCUGAGUGAGGAUGGGCCGAGUACGCUCAGUUUGGAGGAGGAUGAGGAGCUGUCAGCGGCCAACCACUGGUUGCUUCCAGCAGCUGAUUUCCAUGGUAUUUGGGAGAGUCUGGUGUAUGACAGUGGGGUCAAAACUCAGUUACUGGAUUAUGUCACAACAACAAUUUACUUCUCAGACAAAAAUGUCGACAGCAACCUGAUUUCGUGGAAUCGUGUGGUGCUGCUCCAUGGCCCCCCAGGCACUGGGAAAACAUCCUUAUGCAAAGCUCUUGCCCAGAAGCUGUCAAUCAGACUGUCAAGUCGGUACACGUAUGGACAGUUUGUGGAAAUAAACAGCCAUAGCUUGUUCUCAAAGUGGUUCUCGGAGAGCGGCAAACUGGUCACAAAGAUGUUUCAGAAGAUUCAGCAGCUUAUUGAUGACAAAGAUGCUCUUGUGUUUGUUCUCAUUGAUGAGGUGGAGAGUCUGACAGCAGCAAGGAACGCCUGCCAGGCGGGAACGGAACCAUCUGAUGCCAUUCGCGUGGUCAACGCUGUCCUCACUCAGCUGGACCAAAUCAAACGACAUUCCAACGUGGUGAUCCUGACUACCUCCAAUGUGACUGAAAAGAUCGACUUGGCCUUUGUGGACAGAGCGGACAUCAAGCAGUAUAUUGGACCUCCGUCUGAGAGGGGCAUCUACAACAUCUUUCUUUCCAGCCUUGAGGAGCUCAUGAAAUGUCAAAUCAUUUACCCGCGGCAGCCACUCUUCACCAUCUUUGAGCUGGAGACCAUGGGCUUUGCAAAGAGUGAGGUAUCUGAACAUAGUCUGACCCUGAGGAACAUCGCCCUAAAAAGCAAAGGUCUGAGUGGAAGAGCUCUGAGGAAAUUACCCUUUCUAGCUCAUGCACUCUUUGUGAAGACACCCAAAGUGACUUUGGAAAGGUUUCUAAAGGCCAUGGACCAAGCGGUGGAUAAGCAGAAGGAGGAAAAAGCUAACCUAGCGAAUGGUGUCUGAAACAUUUGUAGCCUACAAGCUUCAUGUGGUUUUGUAAGGCAUCAUCAGGUAACUUAAUGCAGAAUGUUUACAAUAAUUUAUUCAGCCUCAGAAGGUUAUUGUUCCAACAAAUGCUGCCUGUAUAUUUUUGGGUUUUCUACAGAUCAAGCGGUUUCUCUUCCAGUCGGGAACUGUUUAAGAUACCUGAUGCUAAGCGUUAGCCUAUACAGCAGAUCUUUGUUUCACGGCAGGGUUCCAUUGCAACAGCGGUGAAGUAACCUCAAUUUGUAGUCUGAACAUGUUAUUGUCUAUCCUUAAUAUAGUAGUUGAUUCAAUAUUUGCAUGAAAAACACUUAUUAGCCAUAAAUGGAAAACAGUACGGCGGUAACAGCCUUCUUCUGCCGCAAUGCUACUCCGAUUCGUAACCUUGAAACGCCGUAUGUUGGCACGGUAAACCGAGGACCUCCUUUAACUGUUUGUCCAAUGCAGCCUUUUAACUGCGACAUUGACCACAACUGCUUUUUUUGUUUGAAUUUUUACAUGGUUAUUUCAUAUGUAACUUAAAUCGGAUGGAUGUAUUCAUUACAGUGUACAGACUUGAGCAGCAAAUUAAGAAAAUCCAAAUAAUAUUUCCAGAAAAUAUUGAAUGAUAGCGUUAACAUACUUAUUUGUUAGUUUUUAAAAAGGGGUGUUCGAUCCAUAUUUAU